CACUCCUCUAUUUCUACCCCGCGGACCAUCCCUCUCUGCGCAGAUCGCAUCGAUUGCAGCCUCCCCUCCCCUCCCAUUGACGACCGCACUAACCUGCUCGUCAUGUCCAUUGAUUUUCCUCGUGAAGAGGAGGCCAUCCUCAAGAGGUGGAGGGAGAUCAACGCCUUCCGGAGACAGGUCGAACUCUCCGAGGGGCGCGAACCUUACACCUUCUACGAUGGCCCUCCAUUUGCGACUGGCCUUCCUCACUACGGUCAUUUGUUGGCCUCGACCAUCAAGGAUAUUAUUCCUCGUUAUUGGUCUAUGAAAGGUCACUACGUCGAGCGUCGCUUUGGCUGGGAUACCCACGGUGUGCCUAUCGAGUAUGAGAUCGACAAGAAGUUGGGCAUGUCGGGCUUGGAAGCCGUCCAGAAGAUCGGAAUCGAGAAGUACAACGAGGAAUGUCGUGCUAUUGUUAUGAGAUUCGCCUCGGAAUGGCGCGAAACUAUCGAACGACUAGGUCGCUGGAUUGACUUUGACAAUGAUUACAAGACCAUGAACGCUAGCUUUAUGGAGUCGAUCUGGUGGGUUUUCAAGCAGCUGUUUGACAAGGGUCUUGUUUAUCGGGGCUACCGUGUCAUGCCUUACUCGACCGCCCUCAACACUCCCCUCAGUAACUUCGAGGCCCAGCAAAAUUACAAGGAUGUUCAGGAUCCUGCCGUUGUGGUCACCUUCCCCCUCGUGAAUGAUCCUGAGACCUCUCUUCUAGCCUGGACGACGACCCCGUGGACCCUUCCUUCGAACGUCGGCCUCGCCGUCAACCCCAAUUUCGAAUACAUCAAGAUCCUGGACGAGGCUUCCGGAAAGCACUACAUUCUUCUCGAAUCUUUGCUUCGUACCCUCUACAAAGACCCGAAGAAGGCCAAGUUCAAGAUUGUCGACCGUUUCAAGGGUUCUGACAUGAAGGACUGGAAGUACCAGCCUCUCUUCGACUACUUCUACGAAGAAUUCAAAGAUCAUGGCUUCCGUGUCUUGAUCGCCGAGUAUGUCACUGCCGAGGAUGGUACGGGUAUCGUCCACCAGUCUCCAGCUUUUGGUGAGGACGAUUACAGAGUAGCUAUGGAAAGCGGUGUCAUCAGUGAGGAUCGCCAUCCCCCUAACCCCGUUGAUGAGACUGGUUGCUACACCUCAGAGGUCAAAGAUUUUCAAGGUCAGCACGUCAAGGCCGCGGAUCGAGCUAUCAUCAAGCACUUGAAGGCAGCUGGUCGCUUGAUUGUUGACAGUCAGAUCACUCACAGCUACCCCUUCUGCUGGCGCUCCGACACUCCAUUGAUCUACAGAGCCGUUCCUUCAUGGUUUGUCAAGAUCGGGCCCAUAAUUCCCCAGAUGCUUCAGGGCAUCGAAGAAUCUCACUGGGUGCCUAGUUUCGUUAAAGAACGUAGAUUCUCCAGCUGGAUUCAAAACGCGCGUGACUGGAACAUUUCUAGGAAUCGCUUCUGGGGUACUCCCCUUCCGUUGUGGGUUAGCGAUGAUUUCAAGGAAGUCGUCGCGGUCGGCAGCGUUGAAGAACUGAAACAGCUCAGCGGCUACGAGGGAGAGCUCACUGACCUUCACCGUGACAAGGUCGAUCACAUCACUAUUCCGAGCAAGCAGGGUAAGGGUGUUCUUCGCCGUGUGAGCGAAGUCUUCGACUGCUGGUUCGAGUCGGGUAGCAUGCCUUACGCAUCCCAGCACUAUCCGUUUGAAAACAAGGACCAGUUCGAGAAGAGCUUCCCGGGUGACUUCAUCGCUGAAGGUCUGGACCAGACUCGUGGUUGGUUCUACACGCUGACCGUUUUGGGAACUCACCUUUUCGGUAAGCUUCCCUUCAAGAACUGUGUCGUCAAUGGUAUUGUUCUUGCGGAAGAUGGAAAGAAGAUGUCAAAGCGCUUGAAGAACUACCCUGAUCCUUCUCUGGUCAUGGACAAGUAUGGCUCAGAUGCCCUGCGACUCUAUCUGAUCAACUCUCCGGUUGUACGAGCAGAGCCCCUCAGGUUCAAGGAAUCCGGUGUCAAGGAGAUCGUUGCCAAGGUUCUCCUCCCCUUGUGGAACAGUUACAAGUUCUUCGAGGGACAGGCUGCUCUUUUCAAGAAGACCCAGGGCUUUGAUUACACCUUUGACCCGAAGGCGGAGGCUACCAACACCAAUGUUAUGGACCGCUGGAUCCUGGCAAGCUGCCAGAGUCUUCUCAAGUUCGUGAACGAAGAGAUGGCAGGAUACCGUUUGUAUACUGUCGUUCCCCGCCUGCUUGGUUUGAUUGACAACACCACGAACUGGUAUAUCCGCUUCAACCGCAGACGACUGAAGGGUGAGAACGGCGUUGAAGACACCCAGCACGCCCUGAACACUCUCUUCGAGGUCCUGUACACCCUGGUCAGGGGCUUGGCUCCUUUCACUCCCUUCCUAACCGACACCAUCUACCUGAAGCUCCUGCCCCACAUUCCCGAGGCUCUCCGGGCUGAAGACAGUCGCAGUGUCCACUUCCUCCCAUUCCCUGAAGUGCGCGAGGAGCUCUUCGACGAGGUCGUUGAGAGAAGAGUUGCCCGUAUGCAGAAAGUCAUCGAGAUGGCCCGUACCUCCCGUGAACGACGGAACAUUGGCCUGAAGACUCCUUUGAAAACACUUGUCGUUAUUCACCAGGACGAGCAAUACCUGGAGGACGUCAGGUCUCUCCAGAGUUACAUUCUAGAGGAAUUGAACAUCCUGGAGCUUGUUCUUUCGUCCGACGAAGCGAAGUACAAUGUGCAGUACAGUGUCUCGGCUGACUGGCCCACUCUGGGCAAGAAGUUGAAAAAGGAUGUCCAGAAAGUCAAGAAGGCGCUGCCUUCGCUGACUAGUGAAGAUGUUAAGAACUUCGUUGCUGAAAAGAAGAUGCUUGUGGAUGGAAUUGAGCUUGUCGAGGGUGAUCUUGUCGUGAAGAAGGGACUCAAGGAGGACUCCGCAUCGGUCAACAUGGAAUCGAACACAGACAAUGAGCUCGUCACCAUUCUAGACGCGAACUUGUACCCUGACCUGGCCGAGCAAGGAUUGGGUCGAGAGAUCAUCAACCGCCUUCAGCGCCUCCGCAAGAAGGCUGGUCUGGUUCCCACCGACGAUGUGAAGAUGGAGUACGUGGUUCUAUCUGACCCUGAAGAUAUCGGUAUCAACAAGGCGUUUGAAACGCAGGCCAAGGCUAUUGAGAAGGUUGUGCGCAGACCGCUGGAGCGUCACGAGCUUGUUGACGGCAAGCUGCCUAGCGGUGAUGAGCCUCAGAUGAUCAUCCAGGAAGAACAAGAAGUUCAGAAGGCCACCUUCUUGUUGCGUUUGCUGAAGCUUUAGAACUUCUGGUCAAGUUAAGAUGUGCAACGUAACAGUUAGAUCGAUACAAUUCCCAGUUGGUGCUCUUUUUCUUGUUAUGAGAUAAAAUAGUUCUUGUCUUUUCAAUACAUUAUUUGAAUGAUUU